GAGCCUGUCUCUUUCCCUCCCUCGUUCUUCCAAAGUUGAAUAUUCAGCUUGCCUGGGAGCUGUGUGCCAGCGGAGCGGUGCGCACCGGGCCGGUUUUGCUGGGGUGUUGUUUGUGCGCCGCGCCGCGCCGUGUGGAGCAGACCUGGGGAAAGGACGGAGUCCCUUUAAGCCGCCUCGCCUCCGCCGUUCAACCUCUCCCUCUCUCUUUCUCUCCUCCCUCCCUCCUUUAGUGUUUCAUCCAACUUCAUUUUGGGCUACUUUCAAGAUGACAGAAGAAAGGAGAGUUCGGCAUAUAAAGCUGGUGACUAGCCAGCUUCUGUGGGAUUUGAUGUCACCUUUAGAUUGGUUCAACUGAAGAUGGAAACACUGGAGUCUGAGCUGACCUGCCCGAUCUGCCUGGAGUUGUUCGAAGAUCCGCUGCUCUUGCCCUGCGCCCACAGCCUGUGCUUCAACUGUGCCCACCGCAUCCUGGUCUCCCACUGCUCUACCAGCAAGCCCCUCGAGUCCAUCUCGGCCUUCCAGUGCCCCACUUGUCGCUACGUCAUCACGCUCAACCACCGCGGGCUGGAGGGCCUCAAGCGCAAUGUGACCCUGCAGAACAUCAUCGACCGCUUCCAGAAGGCCUCCCUUAGCGGCCCCAACUCCCCCACUGAGAGCCGGCGCCUGCAACCGCAGCGGCCCUACAGCGGCACCAUUAGCAGUACAAUUGUAGGAACUAUCGGCGGCGGCAGCGGCAGCGGCACAAGUGGAAGCAGUGCCCGCGGCAGCCCGGCCACUUCCAGCCACUCCCAUCCACACGGCAACCACACCAACGCCAAUCACAGCCCAGCUGUCGUCGCCGCAAUGGACCCGCGCAUCAGCUGCCAGUUCUGUGAGCAGGAUCCGCCGCGUGAGGCUGUCAAGACGUGUGUGACGUGUGAGGUGUCGUACUGCGACCGCUGCCUGCGCGCCACGCACCCCAACAAGAAGCCCUUCACCAGCCACCGCCUGGUGGAGCCUGUGCCGGACACUCACCUCCGCGGCCUGACCUGCCUGGAGCACGAGAAUGAGAAGGUCAACAUGUACUGCAUGGUCGACGACCAGCUCAUUUGUGCCCUCUGCAAGCUGGUGGGUCGCCAUCGAGAGCACCAAGUGUCCUCGCUCACCGAACGCUUUGACAAGCUCAAGGCUUAUCAGGUGAGCCCGGGCAGAGUGUCAGACGCGGUAAUGGAGGCUUCAAAGACAAGCGCUGCGCAAACCCUGGAGAACAACCUGACCAACCUGGUGAAGAGGAACAGCGAGCUGGAGAAUCAAAUGGCCAAGCUCAUCCAGAUCUGUCAGCAGGUCGAGGUGAACACAGCCAUGCAUGAAGCCAAACUGGUGGAGGAGUGCGAUGAGUUGGUAGAAAUCAUCCGCCAGAGGAAACAGGUCAUCGCUGUCAAGAUCAAGGAGUCCAAGGUGAUGAAGCUGCGUAAGCUGGCCCAGCAGAUCGCCAACUGCCGCCAGUGUCUGGAGCGCUCCAGCGCCCUCAUCACACAGGCCGAGCACAGCCUGAAGGAGAACGACCACGCCCGCUUCCUCCAGACCGCCCGCAACGUGGCCGAGAGGGUUGCCAUGGCAACAGCCUCCUCCCAGGUACUGAUUCCUGACGUCAACCUGAACGAGGCGUUCGACAACUUUGCCCUGGACUUUUCCCGAGAGAAGAAGAUUCUGGAAGGGCUAGAUUACCUAACAGCUCCCAACCCGCCGUCCAUAAGAGACGAGCUGUGCACCGCCUCCCACGACACCAUCACCGUCCACUGGACGUCAGAGGACGAGUUCAGCGUCACCUCCUACGAGCUGCAGUACACCAUCUACACUGGCCAAACCAAUUUCAUCAGUUUGUACAACUCGGCAGACAGUUGGAUGAUCGUGCCUAACAUCAAACAGAACCACUACACGGUGCACGGCCUUCAGAGUGGCACCCGUUAUAUCUUCUUUGUCAAGGCUAUCAACCAGGCAGGCAGCCGCAACAGUGAGCCAGCCCGCCUCAAAACCAACAGUCAGCCCUUCAAGCUGGACCCCAAGACGGCCCACAAGAAGCUGCGUCUGUCCAACGACUGCCUGACCAUGGAGAAGGACGAGAGCUCGCUGAAGAAGAGCCACACCCCGGAGCGCUUCAGCGGCACCGGCUCCUACGGCGCCGCUGGGAACGUCUUCAUUGACAGUGGAUGCCACUACUGGGAGGUGCUUCUGGGAGCGUCCACAUGGUAUGCCAUCGGCGUGGCUUACAAGUCUGCCCCGAAAAAUGAGUGGAGCGGCAAGAACUCAUCCUCAUGGGUGUUCUCGCGCUGCAACAAUAAUUUUGUGGUGCGCCACAACAGCAAGGAGAUGCUGGUGGAAGCCAGCCUCCAGCUGAGGCGGCUUGGCGUCCUGCUGGACUACGACAACAACUCCCUGUCCUUCUACGACGCCAUGAACUCGCAGCACCUCCACACCUUCGACAUCUCCUUCCUCCUGCCAGUUGCACCCACUUUCAUGAUCUGGAACAAGUCAGUCAUGAUCCUCUCGGGGUUACCUGUCCCCGACUUUGUCGAGGGCGGCGGCCCUGACCAGCAAGAGCAACAGCAGCAGGUGGGCCUGUGUCGUCAAGAGUCGCCAUACGGGUCCGGAAUGAAGACCUGCCACUGAGAAAGGCCCAUGGAUGGCCGGCACAGGCCACGCAGGCCCACUGACUCAGCGCUGAUGGGGAGCUGGGAGGCAUUGUCAGUGUGACUGAAAUCUGUUAUACACUCUACAUUAAGCGUGGACUAGUUACUUUUCUUAUGGAUUUGGAAAGUGUUGGGAAUACGUGUACCUGGGGAGUGUCGACCCUAUUAGUUUGUAGCCAUCCAAUGCUUUGUAAAUCCUUCAGUGAAUGGCAUAGUGUGGGAACAAGGUCUCUUGAGUAUAAACUCCAGUAGACCUAAAAUUCCUGUGAUGCCCUGCAGUCACUGAGGGGGAAGAGGGCUUUGGUCUGUAAUUGGGCAGGGCUGGACUCCUGGUUUUCUCGACCAAUUAAGGUCUUCCGUUUUGAUGUAUUUUCUUCCUGAUUUGACCCAAGGCAGAGGACCAAGGAGAGUACCUUGUCAUCACAGCCGUUCAGAAUUUGAAGGUACAACUCAUGGAAAGUUCAGUUUACAGUAUAAUGUCUCACCUGUAAGAGGUGAGACGGGAGGAAGCAAAGCGAGAGAGCGAUGCUCCAUCGUAUUAACACGAUACAUUUCAAGUUAUGGAAAGAAAGACGUUUUUAGCUGUCAUUUCAUGACUUUGUUGGAGGUCAUUGAUUCAAAAGCUCACUCAGAUACAUUUAAAUGUCAGUUCCAUGUGGGUUGAUGAGGUGUUGAUGGGGUGAAUUAAGCAGACUGGGCAAGAAUAGCAGUUCAGCAUGGUAGUGCCUUCUUGUUGUAUGGGGAAGAAACGGACACCUCGCUAAGGCAAGCAGAUAGACAUUUCCAUAGUGCGCUGAGGGGUGAAUUAUGAAUCCUCUUACUGGGCAUGCGUUCUGCCCUCAGAUGCUGGAACUGGCUGUGAUACAACUGUCCUUUCCUCAGUGUUGCUCUUAGAUUUGACCCAGCUAUCUCUGGUGGGUCAUGGGUUGCCCACGCUGAGCUUCCAUGCUUCAGGAAGCACUCUGCUGCUCUUGAAUCUUAACCAGAUGACAGGAGCGUGACUCGCAUCAUGUGACUACUCGACUUGUACCAUAAGAGGUUUAUUGAAAGACAGAGGAAAAAAGUGUUGAUUAUUUAUGACAAAAUAAGAUGGUUUGCUUUUAUUGUUUAUCUCAACGUAUUCAUGAUGCACUUUUUUAAUUAACACUAUUUCCCCUCUAUGAGUCUAUAAGACACGAUGGAACUGAGUGGCAGGGCUGUGAUGGGGAGGGGAAGUGACACACGGCGCUACUGCAGGUUGUGUUCAUUCCUGAGAAAAUCCCCAUCCAUUUUCACAUCCAUCCAGUUCACGCCUAAUAAUUUGUGGUGAAUAAUUAACUGUUUAGCGUGUUUGAAUCAAUAUGAUCACAUGAUGUAACCUAUGAUCAGGUUCACUGCAAUAAAACACUAUGAAAGGUCAGUUUCAUUUUCUGAGCUUUCAUUUUCUAACCCGCAAAAAUCCCUUGUACUUUGUGAUACAUUUUUAAACAAAACCCCCCCGCUGUGAAGUCAAACAUUUUCUCACUGCUUUGAACACAACCAGCGCUGCAGUGACUGCCCCUCCCCGUUGCUUUUUUUUUUUAGACAGCAUAGAGUAUCUUGUUUAGAAAAGGGAUAUGAUUAUGAUGUUUAUGUGAUUUUUAUCACGAUGAAAUGAUGAACUAAUAGAGGUUUUUAAAAAAAAAAGAGUUCACUCUGUUGUCGACUAUUCAGGGAAGGAGGGGGUUAACACUUUAACUUGCUGUCAAUCUCGAUGUCAUGGCAUGAUUGUGUGUUCUCCUCUGUGAUUCGUUAACACGCGCACACAACACGAACUUAACACACGCGUCACGUUUCGUUUCGUUUGGCCUUGUCGUGGUAAUGCAUGAUACAUUGUGGGAUCCCACGCCGGUUCACUGGGGAUUUAAGUAGCUCGUUCAAGUUUGCCAAAUCCCGUCUGUCUUCAGAUACUGACUCACCACAGAUUGGACCUGGAACACUUGUUUGUCACCCAUCGUCUGUCAAAUAACAGCUGUAGCCCGAUGCAUUUGUUUGCUCUUUAUUUUUGUAUCGGACGGCCUCGCGUGGGUCACGGUUUCUCUCUGGUUUGAUAUUCAGGUAGCAGCACCAGUUCAGACAAUCAAAUGUGUAUCACAGUAUAUGCAGGUUAAAGAGGAAUUGUAGCAGGAGAAAGAAGGGGGAUUGUGACAUUUGAGAUUCCGUUUAAAAGAAAAUAUGCAUAAUUUGUGACAUACAGACUAGUUUGAUUUGACAUGUAAAAGCCUGAGAACAUGAGUCUCAUACUACUGAUGCCCUGUGGCCACGUUUCCCUCUCGACAUUAUUUGCUGUGUAGUGUGUUCAUGUUGAAUGUCAGCGUUUAUCCUUCACAGCCUAUGAUUUGCCAGUUUCUGCCAAUUAAGGAAAAAUUCUCACCCUGCAGUUGCACAUUGAUUUCUAUCAUUUUCACCGUGGUUCCUUUGUGACUUAUGGAUGAGCAGUGACUCAUCUCAUAUGGAAUUCUCUGCUGUUGGACGUGUAGUGAAGAUCCGACGUGGCCGACCAGCGAAACCCUCCAACUUCAGCGUUCACUUAGGGCAUCUGCGCGAUGUGCCGGUCUUGACCUAUUGAUCGAGCGAUCGAUUGUCGAAGAGCUACGGGCAACCGAGAUAAUCCACCAGUCAGAGGUAACACAGUGGGAAGUCUAGCAGCCCCGGGGUGGGGGGUAUUUUCCUGUCAGGAAGAUUAGUGAAUGUUACCUGACUUCCAGACAUCCAGCCAUCCCGGUGAGUAACGUCUGUCACAGACCAGAAACAGCCGCGUGUUGAUUUGUGAUCCGAACCGACAAGCUCAACUCAUCUGUGUCAAGUGUGCUUGGCCGGGUCGCUGCAUGAUUAUGUGACCUUGCUGCAGGUUCAUCACUCUUUCCUUAUUUCAUAAGGGGUGUCUUAUCUCGGGUCAAGCAUAUUCAUUUUUGCAAAAAAAAAACAAAAACAAAAACAAAACAAAACAAAAAAAAG